AUGUCUGGGGGGAGCUGUGGGCAGGAGGAUGGGAGCAGCCUCAAUGAGGAUGAGGUUUGGGACUUGGCUGUGCCCAGGGACCCUGUCCGGGGGGUGGCCUGUGCCCAGCUAACAGGCACACCGGCCUCUCGCCCAUCCUUGGCAGGGUUCGUGGUGGGCCAUGCUGGGUUGUACCAAGCCCUGGCCAUGUUCGCGGUGGCAUACUUCAUCAUCGGCAUGACGGUGCUGUCCGUGUGUGCCAUUGCCACCAACGGGGCGCUAGAUGCUGGAGGAGCCUACUAUAUGAUCAGCCGUGCCCUGGGCCCAGAGUUCGGGGGCAGCAUCGGGAUAAUGUUUUUCCUGGCCAAUGUGUGUGGCAGUGCCCUCUAUGUGCUGGGGCUGGUGGAGGCAGUGGUGGACAGCUUUGGGAUCCCACCUGGGCAAAAAGCAGGCACAGGUGUCCACGUCCUGCCUCAGAGCUACUGGUACGAGCUGCUCUACGGCACCGUGCUGCUGGCCCUCUGCCUCCUCGUGUGCCUCGUGGGUGCCUCCAUCUAUGCCAAGGCCACCUUUCUCAUCUUCCUCAUCGUCGCGGGUGUUUUGGGCACCAUCCUCAUCAGCUUCUUUGCUACACGGCCCAUUGGGGUGCCCAUCCGCCUGCCCCACUUCAACGGCUCUGAGACUGAGAAUGGCUCCUUCACUGGCUUCUCACUUGCCACCCUGCGAGACAACCUGGGCGGUGGGUAUGGGGUGGACUACACCACUGGGCAGAUGAUGAGCUUCAGCUCUGUCUUUGCGGUGAUGUUCAAUGGCUGCACCGGCAUCAUGGCAGGCUCCAACAUGUCAGGCGACCUGAAGCGCCCGAGCUACUCCAUCCCACGAGGCACCAUCUCUGCUGUACUCUUCACCUACCUCGUCUACAACCUGCUGGCUUUCCUCAUGUGUGCUACUUGCAACAGGACCCUCCUGCAGAAAGACUAUGGCUUCCUGCGUGACAUCAGUAUCUUCCCGCCCCUGGUCACGGUGGGUAUCUAUGCUGCCACCCUCUCUGCAGCCAUGAGCAACCUCAUCGGGGCAUCCCGCAUCCUUUACGCCCUGGCCCGGGAUGAUCUCUUCGGUCGGGCGCUGACACUGGCCAAGAAGACGUCUGCGAGUGGGAACCCUGUGAUGGCAGUGAUCCUCUCCUGGCUGGUGGUACAGCUGGUGCUCUUCUCUGGGAAGCUCAACACCAUCGCGGGGGUUGUGACCACCUUCUUCCUCCUGGUUUACGCCACUGUUAACCUGGCCUGCCUGGCACUGGAGUGGGCAUCGGCCCCCAACUUCAGGCCCACCUUCCGGUACUUCACCUGGCAUACGUGCCUGCUGGGCAUUGCGGGCUGCUGCGUCAUGAUGUUCCUUAUCAGCCCUGUGUCAGCCUCAGCGAGCCUGGGCUUCCUCCUCCUCCUCCUCCUCGCUCUCCACUACCUCUCGCCCAGCAGCACGUGGGGCUACAUCAGCCAGGCCCUCAUCUUCCACCAGGUGCGGAAGUACCUGCUGAUGUUGGACGUGCGGAAGGACCACGUCAAGUUCUGGCGCCCACAGAUGCUGCUGAUGGUGCAGAACCCACGGGGCAGUGCCCGCCUCAUAGACUUUGUCAAUGACCUCAAGAAAAGCGGCCUCUAUGUCCUGGGCCACGUUGAACUGCAGGACUUGGACAUGCUGCCCUCGGACCCACUGCAGCCCCAGCAGGACUCGUGGCUGAGCUUGGUGGACAAGCUGAAUGUCAAGGCCUUCGUCAGCCUCACCCUUGCGCCCUCAGUGCAGCACGGCGUCCGGCAGCUCCUCUUCACCUCCGGCCUCGGCGGGAUGCGCCCCAACACCCUGGUGCUGGGCUUCUAUGACGACGCGGCACCGCAGGAUGGUCUAGCCCGGCACCCCGCCUUCACCAGCACCCGUGAGGAGGUCCCCCUGGGCUUCCCCCCGCUGCGGGCACCCACCACCCCCAAGCUGCUGUCGCCCCGGGAGUACGUGGGGAUCGUGGCUGACGCCCUGAAGAUGCUUCGCAAUGUCCUGCUGGCCCGGCAGCUGGAGAGCCUGGACAAGGCCUGGGAGGCGUCGAAGCUGCGCCAGCUCCUCAAGGACUUGCGCAUCCAGGCCCAGAUCCAGUUGGUGCCCUGGGAUGCCGUCACCCGCCUGCACUGGCAAACCCGACGGGGACCCCCGGGGGGGCCGGCGCCCGCUGGGGCGGAGGAGGAGGAGGAAGGGGCCGUGAACUUCCCAGCCAACACCACCCAAGUGUCAGAUGAGUACGUCUGUGCCGCCAACAAACUCAUCCUGGAGCAGAGCCCCGCGCCGGCCGUGCGCUUCCUCUACCUGCCACGGCCGCCAGCCGACACCAGCCUCUACCCGCUCUACCUGCACCAGCUGGAGCUGCUCACCCGCGGGCUGGGCCCCACCGUGCUGGUGCACGGGGUGAGUGCCGUCACCAGCACCCAGCUCUAGGUCACCUCCGGCUCCCCCCGGCUCCCUGUGCCCUCCUUUGCCCAGUGCCUUUAGCAGCCUGAGCCUGGGGGUGUCCCCAGCCCCGGUGUCCCCACCCCGGUAGGCAGGGAGGGAUUGGGUGCAGGGGAGUGGGUUGUUCUUUUUUGGAGGGUGUCCCCUGCAGAGGAUUAAAGCUGCCCUGGCAGGAUCCAGGCACAGCCCUGGUGCCGGCUGGGCAGCACGGUGCAUUCACGGUGCCUUUUCUUUGGGGUGGUGGUGGGGUAUAGCGGGGUCCCGGGGCGGCCAAGCACUGGGUGCCCCACUUGGUUGCUGGGAGCCCCUUGGUCACACCCUGCACCCCC